CGUCUUCUUCUUCUUCGACCAGUCUCUCUUGUCUCUCGAACCAUCGCAAAAACCCUAAUUUUUCUUUGAUUUUUCUCAUCUUACAAACCCUAAUUGUUUCCUCCACUCGUUUCUCUUUCAAUCGUUUCUUGUUCGUUUUGGGUUUGUUUAAAGACUUCUCCUUUUUUUUGGGGUUUGGUUAAUUUUUCUCCCUUCUUGGAGAAGAAGCCAUUGUUUCGUUUUAGCGAUUGAAUCUAUAAGACUCUGUUUGGGUUGGGUUUGUUGAGCCAGUUUCGAUUUUUUCUUGUUCUGGGGGUGAUGCGUUAAACGAAUUUUGCCGUUGUUGGGUUGAAUUGUAGGGCGUAGGGUUGAUUAGUAUUGGUAGUGAUUGCUUAGGUGGUUAGGUUAGUGCCAUCACUGUGAAUUCAAGCUAGUACCUUUAUUGGUGGGUUUGGAUGAUGAUGAUCUUCUAGGUUUGGUUUGGAGAAUUGCUAAGCCAUCUGUGGGAGAGAUGGGUGUGUAGAGGGUUUUCUCGUCGUUGAUUUUGUGAUUCUGGAAAGAUUUAGCUUUGUGACGAUUCUUCUAGGUUUUGAGAUUGGGGUUUUCUUCCCCUGCCCUUUGUGGUGGUGGUAAGGAAUAGUUAGAAAGGGUUAGAGCUUGUCUUGAGAGUGGAAGAGGUCUGAGAAUUGGAUUUAAUCUUUCUUUUAUCUGAUGAAGUGUAGCUUUACUAAUGGAGAAACGCGAACCCUCUUUAGUUCCUGAAUGGUUGAGAAGUUCAGGACAUGGUUCUGGAAUUGGGAGUUCUAAUCACAACCUUCAGUCAUCUAAUUCUCAUUCAGAUUCUUCUUCAUUAUUACGUAAUAGCGAGAAUAGGAAUUCUAGGAGCAGAAGUGAUAUUAAUUCAAUUCGGUCUCCUUUUCUCGAUCGGUCUUCUUCCACUAAUACAAGGAGGGGAUCUAGUAAUGGGUCUACAAAACAUGCAUAUAGUAGUUUCAACUUCAAUAGGAGCAAUAGAGAUAAAGAUCGAACCAGAGAGAAAGAUAGGUUGAGCUACAUGGAUCCCUGGGACCAUGACACUUCUUUGCCUUUUGGAACUUUCUUGAUUGGUAGUGGACAGGAGCCACUGAGACGAUCACAUUCAAUGACAACAAGGAAACAGGGCAACCAACUUGCUCAAGGGUUAACAGUAGGAGUUAAUCUUUACAACGGACAUGGUAUACUUCCUGGAACUAGCCCUGCAAAGAACAUUAAAAGAACAGGCUUCGACAAAGAUUUUCCUUUGCUUAGAGCUGAAGAGAGAACUGGAGGCCCAGAUGUCGUAAGAGUCUCAUCACCUGGUCUAAGUCCUACUGUUCAGAGCUUGCCAGUUGGUAAUCCAGCCUUGAUUGUUGGGGAAGGUUGGACAUCGGCUCUGGCAGAGGUUCCCAAUCUUAUUGAGAAGAGUGGUGGUACUGGCUCCCAUGCUAAUGUUGGUAGUUCGGCUACCUUAUCCGGACCAACUUCUCGUAAUGUUGGUAGUUCGGCUACCUUAUCCGGACCAACUUCUCGUAAUAUGGCUGAAGCAUUGGUGCAGGCUCCAGGAAGAACUCGUACACCACCCCAGGCACAAACACUUGAAGACCGAGCUAUUAGGCAAUCUAGGCAGUUGAUACCGGUUGUGCCUUCAGCACCAAAGGGCUCAGUUCAUAGCUCAUCUGAUAAAUCCAAGACCAAACCAAUGUUUCGAAGUGGUGAAGCUGGUCUUGUUUCUUCAAGAAAUACCCAACAGCAGUCCACUGUGAUUCUCGGUAAUCUUCAGUCUAAUCCUGGUGGUCCGAUAAAGCCUGAGACGACUAAGAAGCUGGUUGUUCUCAAGCCUGUUAGGGAAAAUGGGGUAGUUGCUGGUGGUUCACCACCCAAUAGCCGAGCUGCUGCUAUCCAGCUGACCACUGCUCCAUCUACACAAUUUACUGCUCCUGUAGGAAGUGCAAACGGUCCAAGGGAGCUCAGGGGAGCUUCUGGAAACACAAUAGCUGGGAAAACCGUUGAAAAGAAACUUUCCUCGGCUCAAACUCAGAGCAGGCUUGCAUUUUACAAUGCUUUGAAGCAAACUACAUCUACAACUGAUCCAUCCAAAACUAGCUCGGGCAUCUUUCCUUCAGUCGAGGAAAAGGCAAACAGUUCUACGGAGCUUGUAGCUAGUGACCCUCCAAGUACACAGGCUGCAGAAAGAAAUGACCCCAAGGAUAGAGUCGAGAAAGUUGCUGAUGUUGCAGAAACGAUUAGUAGAUUUGAUAUAGUAGUCCGUCCAUCGCCAAAAGAGGCUGAGUUCCUUAGAUCCCUUGGGUGGGAUGAAAACGUUAGCGAAAAGGACGAAGCCCUCUCAGAAGAGGAGAUCAGAUCCUUCAUUGAACGGUACAAGAAGUCCAAGCCAUCACUGGUGCAGAAGCUGAUAGUAUAAGAAGCAACCGAGGACAUAGCUCUCUCGACUCGUGAUCCGAUUUUGUUUUGGUGUCCAGAUGGAAGAUAGUUUUUCAUUUCUCUUUUCUUUUCUUUAUAUUUUCUCGGGGUCUUUUAUUUAUUUAUUUUGGUUACUUCGGGCAAGAGAAGGUGGAAAGGCUUUAGUUGCUGUAGUAAGAGCGUUGUUCUACUUCUUCAGAGGUGCAACACAAGGAAGAAAAAAACAAACUGACUAUUUUGUACAUCUUUGGUCUGAAGAUAAGAGAGCUUUCUUUGUCUUUGGCAUCUUCUUCUUUUAGGUUUUCUAAUGUUUGAUGAUAUGAUCAUUCAUGGUGAGAGAAUUAGAAUAUUGCCGGUGGGGGGUUAAAUAGAAAAUUUAAAGAAUUCGUUUUCUUACCUUAUCUUAUGAAAUUCAUAUUUUAGCCUCA